AAUUACUGAUUAGUGAAACUCUUGCAGGUGUGGAGAAAUGGCAAAGAGAAUUGCAGAGAAGGAGUUGACAGACAGGAAUUGGGAUCAAGAGGAUGAAGCUGAGGAGGUGGGAACUUUUUCAAUAGCUAGUGAAGAAGUCCUGAAGAACAGAGCUAUUAAGAAAGCAAAGCGCCGAAAUGUUGCGUCUGAGUCUGAAAGUGGAGGAGCUUUUAAAGGGUUUAAAGGUUUCAUUAUACCUUCUGCAAAAGGAGGAGGUGGCUUCACUGGAUUUGGUAAUGGUACAGGAUUAAAGCCUUUAGAAGGGCUGUCUAAUGGAAGCAGUGGCAUUUCUAAUACUGCACCUUUAAUCUGUUUAAAGACAACUUCUGGAACCCCGCCUGUAUUUGGGUCUCCUACAUCCAAUGGUCCAACUGCUACUGGCUUGGUUGAGAAAAAGACUGCAAGUCCAAAAGCUAAUGGUGGCAGUCAGCAGUCAUCAUCUGGUUACUCUCAGAGUAAAAUGUGCAACUGUAGUCUUUAUUAUGAACAUUUAACUGCACUAAACUGUUCUGUGCGUGACUGGAUAGUAAAGCAUGUGAACACAAAUCCACUGUGUGAUCUGACACCUAUCUUUAGAGACUAUGAGAAAUAUUUAGCAAACAUUGAACAACAGUAUGGAAGCGGUAGUGAUAGCAGCUCUGAGAAUGAAAAUAACAAGACAACACCUGGAACUCAGUCUGUUCCUACAUUUGGGACUUCAAAACUUCAGCAAGGAUCAACAUUUUUGUUUAACAGCAACAAAACUGAGGAUGCAUCAGACAAGAAAAUGGAAUCUGUGUCAGAAAAGAACAGAGAACCAACACCAGGAGUUGCAUCAAAUGUCUCAUUUAAUUUUGGCAAGAAAGUUGACAGUUCUGUUUUGGGUUCCCUUGGUUCUGGAACGCUAAGUAGUUUCUCCUUCUCUCCUGGGAAUUCCCGUCUAUUUGGAAAAGAUACAAGUCAGACAAAGUCUGUUACUCCACUUCCAACCAGUGUAUUGGAGGCUCAGACAGAAAGUGGUAGUAGUGAUGAUAAAGGAGGAGAUGAGGAUGAGGAGGAGCCACCCAAAGUAGUUGUUAAUGAAAUAAAGGAAGAUGAUGCUUUCUACUCUAAGAAGUGUAAACUGUUCUACAAAAAAAAUAAUGAAUUUAAAGAAAAGGGCAUAGGAACACUGCACUUGAAGCCUGCAGGAAACGAGAAAACUCAGCUGUUAGUGCGAGCAGAUACCAAUUUAGGCAACAUACUCUUGAAUGUUUUGAUUCCACCCAAGAUGCCAUGCACAAGAACAGGAAAAAACAACGUUCUUAUUGUCUGUGUUCCCAAUCCACCAGUUGAUGAGAAGAACCCCACUGUCCCCAUCACUAUCUUAAUAAGAGUGAAAACAAGUGAAGAUGCAGAUGAGUUGCACAAAAUCUUACUGGAGAAAAAGGAGGCUUAAAAGUGAUCUGAAGAAUUUUUGCCAAACUGCUGCUGCUCUUUUUUUUUUUCCCUCAACUUUGUUAGAAUACUUAACUUUCUACUCUGACGUUCUAAGAACUAUCAUAGGAAUUCUGGAAGGUUUUGUGGGGAAAGCUAAAAUGGCUAAUAAACAUUUUAAUAGAACACGUGUCAAUCUGUCCUCCCUCCCUUUUGAAAUGCCUAAAUGCAUGAACUUUAUCUGAACAAAAUGUACAUGCUUAAAUUGGAGCAUUUCUUUGUAACACUGAGCAAAAAUGACUGCUGAAUGGACUACAAUCAGGAAAAGUGUGGUACCAGACAUUUCUUGUAGAUAGAUUUUACAGUGCAAUGUAGUAACCUCCUGUUCUUGAAAAGGGAGGAGGUUAAUUAAACUCAUGAAACUAUAUUUCUAGCCUGAAUAGAAUUUUUUAAAUAUAAAAUUGGUGUCAACUUUCUGGUAAGAAGUCUAAACUUUCAAACUCAACUGAAAUCAUAUCUGAAUAGCAAAGCUACUGUAGGUUACAGUCCUUAAAUUUGGAAGGACAACUGUUCUUAACAUUUGGAGACUGCAUUUUUCGUUCUUAGAAGAAAAUGAUUUCAUUGCUCUCAUUAUUCCUGUUCAUUGACUGUAGCAUUACUGGGAAGAAUUGUCAGUUUUGUUGUGCUUCACUAGGGUGCAAUAGUGUCAGCCGGAAACUGGAACAGUGCAUUCAUUCAAACCACAACUGGCACUACCUGUUGACGGAUCUUAAAAAUUAAGAAUAGUCUCUCUUUCCUUAGGUAUGCUUACCUACUCUCCAGUUCAUGUUUCCAAUGCAUUCUGGGGGAGUUGUAUUUCAAUUUUCCAAACUGUACCUGGUCUUUUGAUAAGUCUUGGUGAUCUUAGGAUGUCAUCUUUUAUCAAACUGAAUUUUGAUGUCCAUUGACACUUUUCUUUCUUGUAAAAGUCUCUGAAUGUGGCCAGGAUCCUGUCUGUUAAACUUGAGUUAUAACACUAAUACAUAGCUGAGUCUUCCCAGAUGUAAUAUAGCAGCAAUACACCAUAUGCUUAUAUCCAAUAUUGAUAAGUACUGUAGAGAUUAGUUGUAAUUUUAUAGCUCUUGGGACACUAAUUGUUCUGGGCUUGCAGGAAGCGCAAGGUGUGAAGGAUGUGGCUUAUACAGGCUAGAAUUUUUUAAAUUUGAAUUUCAGUGGGGAAAUAUUAGAUCUAAAUAGAAUCAGAGCUGGCAGGGAUCAAAAGGAUAAUUUUGUCUAAUCUCCUACAUAGAUGCAGGAUAUGCUGUUCCUAAAAAGAUUAGUAGUGCAAGUUAUCAUGUUUUUUUUUUGUUUUUUUUUCCUCGCUCAUUUCCAUCUGUUUGUGAAUGGCUGCUGCCAUCAAUCUUGCAUCAUUUCAAACCUGGUCCCAGGUCAUUGCGACUCUAAAAGGGCUGGGAGGAAAAUAUUUUUUUUGUUUCUUCUAUUCCUUUGAUGUCCCAGAUAUUAGGAGCCCAAGUCCAAAAUCUGUUUUAUGGGAUGCCUUGCCACUAAGUCUGCUUCCAGUUCUGAUUUAUUGGGGAACCCAGUAAGCUAUUGAACAACUGCCAGGUUGUGGCAGUUUAAACCAUACUCCUGUGCACUAUCCAACUGUGUCCUGCUAUGGGAGUGGAGGGCAAACACCACCACCAUUUUGUCCCUUGUGCUGUGAAAAAUGUCUACUACAAGGGUUGGCAACCUUUCACUAACAGUGGGCUGAAUCAACACAGCUUGGUCCUAAAGCCUGUUAGAGGCAGCAGUUAAUGUAUUGUGCCACUAGAUGGUGCAUUUCUUCAGGGCAGGUGGUUAGCAAUUUUUUAGGCUGUGGGCUAGGAUGACCCUGGCCAGGUCAGGUGUGAAGGCAGAUACUAAGACCCAGUUUUUGCUGCUUCUCCCCCACCAAAACCAAAUGCUGCUGGAGCUGCACAUGUCUGCAAGAUGCUUUAAAUAGCUCUGCAGGCUGGAUCUAGCCUAUAGGCCACAGGCUGUUGGCCCCUGGUUUAGGGGCUAUGUUUACAUUUGCUAUCCUAGUAUACUUGGCAGGCCAAAAAACUCUUCACAUGCUGGAUCUAGCGCACAAACUAGGUUGUCAACCCUUGAUCUAACACAACGCCCUGACUUAUUCUGGUUUCAUGUGUGGGAGGAUUAUAGCUGCUUCUCUAAAAAUGAGGAGUCUGCCUCGUAGGACAAGAGAAGUUAUAUCCUCCAAUUUGCCUACAGCUCAAGUAGAAGAGCACAGACGGGGAACUCUAAAAGGAGCUGCAAUCAGCCUCCCUCCCUUACCACUUGACUAGACAAAGCCUCCUGCCCUUUGCUUGCUUUAAAAAGCAGCUUCCAAAGCAUAAAAGCAUUUAAUGUGUCCAACUGGAAGGAAGCUUAUACCAAUUUUAAUGUAAGUUGGUGCCUUUUCUGCAGUUGGUUAGGUAUCUUAGCACUAAAUGUAUGUAUGGUUAGCUCCCUCAAGGUUUUUUGUUUGUUUUGUUUUGUUUAAUCUUUCCUGCCCCCUUGAAGUUUUGCUGGUACCUGGAUUUGAAUAACUUAAUGGUUUUGCUUGUUAAUUUUGUGUGAAUGAGAAUCAGAAUCUUGUGUAAGUUGUUACAGGCUCAGGUUGAAUGGCUAAGGGCUCAAAUAAUUUUGCUUUUGUUGUUAGAAUAUGAUGUCUUAAUUAAAAAUAAAUCUCAGUGAAAAAAAUUGUUCUUUAGGCUGCAAAUCACUGGAUUUGAAAGGGAAUACUAUCCUUUUGUGAUAAGCAGACUUGUUAUGCACCUCAGACUUUAAGAGCAAUUAUGUAUUGGACUGUUACAGGUGUAUCUGCCUGGUAUUUGUUUACUUUCUAAAGUGCAAGUAAAUGUAGUAACAAUCUGCUCUUCAGCAGUUGAGAUAUGGACCAAUUAACAGAGUGAUGAUUUAUUAAGGGAGGCAAAUUAAACUUUCCACAUGGCCUUUGCACAACCAUCCUCACUAAUUUGCCUCUGAAAUUAGGCAAAUUCGGGAUUUUUGCACAUGAACACUAGCUUGCUUUUUGAAGUUGGGCAAACUGAAUAAAAUGGUUAAUGAUAUGAUGACGUACGCAUGUGGUUGCAAAACUUGUUUUUUAAGAUGUGAUUGUAUGUUUACCAGUGUGGGUGAAGGGUACAAAAAAACAUGCUGGAAACUUUGCACCCUACAAUGCCCAUUGUAGCAAAUACUCAUUUU